AUGAUAUUAGCUUAUGCAAUGGAGCAUGUUCAUCUUCAUCGACGAUUAGCCUUACUUGUACUUAGCAUUGUUGGUUCAUCGACCAAAUGUAUGGCCGGACUAAUGGGUGUCACUGCUUUCUUAAGUAUGUGGAUCAAUAAUUCAGCAGCUACCAGCAUCAUGAUACCGACAGCAAUAGCCAUUAUUGAUGAAGUUGAAAAUUAUCAAAAACAAACACAACAGCAUAUACCAGAAUCUGAGCGACAACCGAAAGAAACUGUGCCAAUAGUUACAGCAGGUACUAAACAAUUUACAUUUCAAACAUCAUUCAAAUAA